CACCUCCAGCGACACACAACUGCCACCACCCACUGACUCAUAAUUCUCUUCGUUUCUUACCCAUAGCUUUCUUAACCCCCCUUCACCCUCUUUCUGGCCGUCACGGUUGGACCUUAUCCUACCAGGCAAUCAUGGCGACCAAAAUGACGGCCAUACGGCCCGGCUCCAGUGCUAUUCGCUCUUUGUCCAGAAGAAGACCUUCGUGUUCCCAGCCCUUCUCCUCCACUGCCCCGGCAGCUGCACUGUCGCCCUACCGAAAGUCCCAGAAAUCCUCCCCCCAGAGAUCCUCGCCCGAACAGUCAAGAAGACCUGCGACGACAGCGGCCGCUCCAGCACCAACUACUCGACCGAUCCCCAGUCCCGCCUUCAACAACGACUUCCGCCGAAAUGAGCCCUCACCUUUGGUCAACAGGCAAAUGCCUGAGCUCGACGAUUCGUUUGUGGGGCUCAGCGGAGGAGAAAUCUUCCACGAGAUGAUGCUGCGACAGGGUGUCAAACACAUUUUCGGCUACCCUGGUGGUGCCAUUCUUCCAGUGUUCGAUGCCAUCUACAACUCAAAACACUUUGACUUUGUUCUGCCCAAACAUGAACAAGGAGCGGGCCAUAUGGCAGAGGGGUAUGCCAGAGUGUCCGGGAAACCUGGCGUCGUCCUUGUGACUUCGGGUCCCGGCGCCACAAAUGUGGUAACCCCGAUGCAAGAUGCGCUCUCGGAUGGAACGCCCAUGGUCGUAUUCUGCGGCCAGGUACCCACCACCGCUAUCGGCACCGAUGCUUUCCAAGAAGCUGAUGUGGUUGGAAUUUCAAGAGCCUGCACCAAGUGGAAUGUUAUGGUCAAGAGCGUGGCGGAACUGCCCAAGAGAAUAAAGGAAGCUUUUGAGAUCGCCACUUCGGGACGACCUGGUCCCGUCCUUGUUGAUUUACCCAAAGAUGUCACGGCCGGCAUUCUACGGAGACCCAUCCCCAUGCAAUCGACCCUGCCCUCACAUCCUUCCGCCGCAACCCUGGCUGCGAGAGAGCUUUCUCGGAGACAGUUGGAGGGCACCAUUUCACGUGUGGCCGAUCUUAUCAAUAUCGCCAAGAAGCCACUGAUAUAUGCUGGCCAAGGUAUCUUGGGCUCUCCCGACGGCCCCAAACUCCUGAAAGAAUUGGCCGACAAGGCCUGUAUCCCCGUAACGACGACCUUACAAGGUCUCGGAGGGUUUGAUGAGCUUGACCCCAAGUCCUUACACAUGCUCGGUAUGCACGGAGCCGCCUAUGCCAAUAUGGCAAUGCAAGAAACCGACCUCAUCAUUGCCCUUGGCGCUCGGUUUGACGACCGAGUAACCCUCAACAUCGCAAAAUUCGCGCCAGAAGCGAAAAGAGCCGCGGCAGAGAAACGAGGAGGUAUUGUGCACUUUGAGAUCAUGCCCAAGAACAUCAACAAGGUCGUGCAAGCGACUGAAGCUGUCGAAGGUGAUGUGACGACUAACCUGGCCGACCUGGUACCCAAAGUCAAGUCCGUCAAGGAACGGCCCGAGUGGUUUGCGCAAAUCAACGACUGGAAGAAGCGAUUCCCAUUGAGUGCCUACGAAAAGGAGACCCCCGACGGACUGAUCAAGCCGCAAUCAUUGAUUGAAAAGCUGUCAGACAUGACCUCCCAUAUGAAGGAGCGGACCAUUAUCGCUACAGGCGUCGGUCAACAUCAAAUGUGGGCCGCCCAGCAUUUCCGAUGGCGACAUCCUCGGUCCAUGGUCACAUCAGGGGGCCUUGGUACGAUGGGUUACGGCCUCCCGGCCGCCAUUGGGGCGAAGGUUGCAGCCCCGGACGCCCUCGUUGUCGACAUUGACGGUGACGCCUCUUUCAACAUGACCCUGACAGAGCUCAGCACAGCGAGUCAAUUCCAGAUCGGCGUCAAAGUUAUCGUCUUGAACAACGAGGAACAAGGCAUGGUCACGCAGUGGCAGAGUCUCUUCUAUGAAGAUAGAUUCGCGCAUACACAUCAAAAGAAUCCCGACUUUGUGAAACUCGCAGAAGCCAUGGGUGUACCGGCGCGGAGAUGCUUGAAGCCCGCUGAUGUGGAGGAGAGUUUACGGUGGUUGAUCGAGGGCAGCGGCGAGGGCCCGGCGCUCUUGGAGGUCGUUACCGACAAGAAGGUGCCCGUGCUGCCGAUGGUGCCGGCAGGCAAGGCUCUGCACGAGUUUUUGGUUUACGACGAAGCGAAAGAAAAGGAGCGGAGAGCCAUCAUGAAGCAACGGUCUGGCCAUUGAGCUCGUGCACGAAAGGGGAGAGAGAGUGUGUGUUGGAUUGUAACUGGUAGGGGAUGACACAAAAAUUCGACGAUCUUCCGGAACUCAUCAAAAGUUGCUUUCCAAAACCCCAAAAAGAGUCGCAUUCAAUAUGAAGACAGACAAAACCAUAUGGGCGAUUGCAAUCUGUACAGGCGAACAUACGCAUUUUCUGGGGCGAACGCCUUUCAAAAAAGGAAAGCCCCCAAACCAAAAGGCUUUUCCAAAAUCUGAAAUCUAUUCAAUUUUUACCUG